CACACUCUUACACUCUCUCUUUCUCUCUCUCUCACUAACAUCUCCUUUUUCUACGUUACAUUUCCAGAAAAUCCCCCCAAUUACAUUACCAUUGUUCGAUUCCUCAAACACAAUGAAUAUGGAAAACACUGAAUUCGUUGAUGAAUCAUCUCUCAAUCACCCACAGCAAUUCUCUCCGGAGAAACUCAAAACCGAAAAUUUUCUCAUCGAUGACCUCCUCAAUUUCCCCGCCGACGAAAUGGUACCUGCGGUUGCAGAAAACAUUGUCUCCGGCGCCUCCACGGAUUCCUCUACCAUCGUUGACACUUGUAACUCCCCUCUCUGUGGUGGCGCCGAACAUAACUCUCCCGGAGAUAUCCCUCGCCGGAGCUUUACCGAUGCUCCGUUCACCAGUGACCUUUGUGUCCCGUACGAUGAUUUAGCUGAGCUGGAAUGGCUAUCGAACGUGGUGGAGGAAUCAUUUUCUUGUGAGGACUUGCAAAAGUUACAACUAAUAUCCGGAAUUAAAACCCGGCCCAACUACACAUCCAACAACCAACAAUUCCAACCCGAGACCGUGAGCAAGGCCAACAACCCGAUCUUCAACACCGACAUGGCGGUCCCGGGAAAGGCUCGGACCAAACGGUCUCGGGCUGCACCAUGCAAUUGGACCUCACGACUCCUUGCAGUGUCUCCUACUGCAAGUGGGACCACCGUCACCAUGUCAUCUGAGUCAGAGUCUGAUAUUGCUUCGAGCUCGAUCAGAAAGAAGAUCAUGAAAGCUGGAAUAAAGAGAAAGGAAGUUUACGAUAACCCGUCGCAUAAUGGGGACGGGAGGAAAUGUUUGCACUGUGCUACUGAUAAGACCCCACAGUGGCGUACGGGACCUUUGGGUCCCAAAACGCUUUGUAAUGCUUGUGGGGUCCGUUUUAAGUCUGGUCGGUUAGUACCAGAGUAUCGUCCGGCAGCUAGUCCGACGUUUGUCACCGCCAAGCACUCAAAUUCCCAUCGGAAAGUGAUGGAGCUAAGAAGACAGAAUGAGAUGCAUCAACAUCAAUAUAUGCAUCAAAAUCAACAUCAACAUCAGUCUCAACAUCAACAUCAACAUCAACACCAUCAGCAGCAACAACAACAACAGUUCUUUCAUCAGUCGAACAUGAUAUUUGAUGUACCCAACAACGAUGAUUACUUGAUCCACCAACAUAUUGGUCCCGACUAUAGGCAACUAAUCUAAAUCUAGUUAUUUAAAAUUAAUUUAGACCUUUUCCAUAAUUAAAGAAAAAGUCAAUGGUUUAAUUUUCUAAGUUAUUGGAAUUUUGUAGUUUUUACGUUUAAUUUCGGGAAAAAUAGAGAAAAAUAUGAGAGAUGAGUGUAGACC